GUCUGAACCUGAAGACGAUGUGGUCCAUACGACCCCUGAACUUGCAGCAGCUGAAAGCCUGAAAUUAGUAGCCCUUCACGAAAGCCUGCGGUUACAACCAAACAAAUUAAAUCAUCACCCAAUUGGCCAAUUCUAUAAAAAUUCGUGUGAAAAGUAUUGCGCCACUCGCGCAUCGCUGACAAAAUCUGUUGCGGAAUUAUGAAAGCGAACGAAGCAGUUGAGAAAGGGGAGGUUGAACCGUCACAGAAUACCCAGCAUACAAGGCUCCUGCUCUUGAGAAGAAGCACCAGCCGACACACACGAGAACGACCAUUUUCCCUUACGCUUCGACCGGCGACCGACAGCCGCCCAAGCCGAGACGUCGCCCUCCGCUCCUUGAUGGCCAGUGCCUGGAGAACACCGUGUCCCUUGAUUGCUGAUCGGACGGCUCUAAGAGCGACCACGUGUACCUACCUGUGGCUUCAGCUUCUACUUUUACUAAAAUUAUACGUGUAGGCGAUCUGUCUUUGGUACGCAGGAAGUAGCGUCUACGUAGUUGGUCCGUACGUGUACGCUGCCGCAGGCAAUCGUAUGCACUUCCUUCCAAAACAGCUGAGUAUAAACCAUCUCAAAGCGCCGUGGCAACUUGUAACAGGAAAUCUUCAAGAAUUCUUUGGUACUGUUGCAGAUAUUAUUUUUUGACGAAAGCAGAAAGACUAUUCUAAUUUUUUAGUCGCUUGUUAAGCAUCUUAAUCCAACAGCUUUCUGGCGAAUCUUUUUUAUUAGUUGGAUUGUCUCUGUCGCAUCCUGAAAUUUAAUUAAAGAAAUGGACGAGGAUUGUUGCUGUUUGAGAGGUUUUGAGUGUAUGCAGUGCGGGAUAUUACAAUUUGGUAAUUUGCACCUUAUUCUUCAGCUUCAUUAGAAAUCCUAGCAUAAAAUGUAUUAUUUAUGUACUUAACAUUUGGACUAAGGAAAAUACUUGGACUUCCUUAUCGAUGUCUUGCAAUCCAUUUCACUUCAAGCAAACCUAUAUAUUAUCAAAUGCCUUUUAGAGUUUGUCCAAUUCAAAAAAAAGUCAGAAAGAUUGAGGGAAACGUUUGUCCUAAUUAAUUCAGUAUGGAUUUCUAUAUGCAAAUAAGAGAAGUGUAUACUGUCUAAUGAUUGUUCAUUCUUGUUUGGUAAACCCAUAUUUAAUUCUAGGAGGACAUUGCGCUAGUAACUGAUCAAAGGAGUAUCUUUCAACAGAAGAAAUAUUACUAUAUAAAAUUAAAACAAUCUUAUCUUUCUCUGAAGAUCAAAGGGCACAUUAAUAAAAUAUCAUACCUUCAAAAAUAUAUGAACGCAUUUGAUACUCGAUCUAUCUCGCAUAUCCAAACUCUUGCCAACACGUGAUAGUCCAUAUACAAACUUACAUUCUUGGAAAGAGAAUAGUAUUUUGCGCCCAUUUUGUUUUAUAGAGGGGCAUUUAAUAAAAAAUAUAUGAUCAAAAGGACAAAGACACGAAGUAUUCCCUGUAAUCUGUAUUUCCAAUUCAGACCACCCAGCUGGCACAAACAUUUAUUAGUUGUAAAACUCAAGGUUGUAUAUGUCGAUUUGCCGACAUAAUGAAAAACUUUUCAAAAUGGUUAAUGGGUGUAUUAUAAGGGGUUGGUUCUCUUCUCUGUAACCGACCCAGAGGUCGUUGUAAACUUUUUCUUCUCUUUUAAUAAAAAACAUGCCCAAGCACGGUCGCGAAAAAAAAGUUGUAUAAGUGUAUUUGCCGAGCGAAUAACAUAGCGUGUCCGUUCUUGUUCUCAUCUUCCCUUUUUCUUGGCAGAGCCACUACGUGCUGAGCUUGAUCUUGAUCGCACACCUGUUGACGUAGAAAAAGAGGAGGCGGCCAAAAUAGAGACAAACGACAAAUCCAAAUCCCCUGCCCGCACACUAAUCUACAAAGCCAAAAGUACAGAGCAGGAGCACCCUCCAAAUCCUACCUUCUCCGACCGCCAUUAGAAGGGAUGGAGAAUGCGGGAAUGCGAGAGACACGGUAGCGGCAGCGGCAGCGGUAGCGGCAGAGGUUGACGCGGCCACAGUGGCAAGGCCUCCGGCGCCCCAAGAAACCUCUCUCCGGCUGCAAGAACUGGUGCAUGUGUUGUUGCCGGAGCCCGGAGACGGAGCCAGAAAAGGAAGGGAGGAUCAGAAAAGGAAACUAGCAUUCGUCUGGCCCGUUCAUAGGGUUCUGUAAAAGGGGCAGUUUUUUUUUUGGCUGCGAGUAUCCGUUGAUUUGCUGUUGAUUCUCAGUUUUGGAGGGCGGAAAAUUCGAUCUUGACGCUGGUCGUUUUGAGGGGUUCCUGUGAAGAACCAGAGAAUCGGAAGGGAAGGGAGAGUGGCUUCCUCAUCGGUUUUCUUUGGCUUUUGGUUCUGCCUUUUGAGAUUGUUCUUGCUCGUUAGAUUCUGCAAUUGCUGAGAAUGGAGAUGGAGGGAUUGGUUUGCUCUGCAUGUUUGUGCUUGUUUUGGUGAAGAAGACUAAUAGCUGGAAUAAAGGGAUCCGCUUCCUUUCUUCUGCGUGUUCUGAUCCUCCUGAGAUAUCCCUUCCUGCCGCUUCAGAGUUUCUCUGUUCCGGGCUCGGUUCGGCAUCUCGUGGAAACCGAGGAAGCACGGCAGUUUCAAGGACCUUCACGGAGGGCUAUCAAAGCACCCUAAACUGUCCCGGCCUGGAAUUGGGUUUUGGGUGCUGUGUUUGAAGCGUGGCAGAACUGCAUCGCCUGUAAUUGCUUGGUUCUAAGCUUAUCUAAAGCGAGUCCUUAGAAGGAAAGUUGUCUGACCAUGUCCUCAGCUAUCAUGGCAAAAAAGAGUUACAAACAACAUUCCAAGUCUGAGAAAAUCCAGGUGGGCUGUAUGUCUGGGCUGAUUCGCAUGCUCGAUUUCCGUCGCAGUCCAAAACUUCUUUCAGAUGGGAGAGUCAAAAGAGAACCAGAAGGUUUUGAAGACGUCCAUGAAAACAUAUCUGCUAACGAUAACAAAGACCGUAGGGUUGGAUUGAUCUUUGCUGGUAGGGCAAGUAUUAAGACUUUGAUGGAAGAAGAGAUGGCCAGCAGCACAGAGCCCUUGAAGCAAGCACAAAGAAAUGUAACUGGUAUGAGUUGUGAGGAUAUUGAUCUAAACUUGGCUGCAAGUCUCAUGGAAAUCUACAGAAGUCAUACUGAAGGCCAAGAAAUCAGUAAUUCUGUUGAAUCAGAUCGUAGUUCCAUUUCAACUGACAAAGAUGACAAUACUGAUCCUCCUGCUCAGCUCCAUCAGAUCCCUUCUAGUAUUCAGAGAGCUCUGGAAGAUGUUGCCGAAGCAGUUAUAAGACAUCAAUCUGCAUACAAAAACUACAUAACCAGCAGUGGUGAAGCUAGGUCCAAAGAACUUGUUGAUGCCCUACAGCUACUGAGCUCAAACAAGGAGUUGUUUCUUAUGCUUAUGCAAGAUCCAAGCUCCAGGUUGUUAGAAUGUCUCCAAAACCUUUACAUGUCACUAGGAAGUACAAAGUUAGAAUGUGAAGAAUGUGACGAAGAAACUGAGUUUCAAGGUAUGACAAAUAAUCUAGAGCAGUCUGUGACUUCUCCAAGUAAGGUGCAAAGAAGGCAUAAUUCUUUCUUGAUGGAGGAUAAGUUGGCAAUGAGGAAACAACCAAAGUUAAAUGGUAGCUCUCGUGGCCUUAGCAGAAUAGUAAUCUUGAAGCCAAGUCCUGCUAGAAGUCACAGCAGUCUUAUCUCAAGUAGUGCAACUUCGUCACCACUAUCAAGUCAUAAUAAUUUGCAAGUUCAGGAAGCCAAUGAUAAACCUGAUCGCCAAUUCUCCCUUAGAGAGCUCAAAAGGAGGCUAAGGAUUGCUAUUAGCGAAAAUCGGAAGGACCACCAGUUAAACUCCAUGAGUAUUACUUUUCAAAAAGUUGAAGCUGAUUCUAGCAAACAGCUUCCAGUCACAAGUAUGUCGGAGAGUUUGGCAAGUACAGAUUCUUCUGACAGCAAGGUAGCUGAGGAACCAUCAAUUGUUGACAAGGAAACAGUCCCAGUAGAUAGUGGAAGUGGAACGAGAAAUGAUGUUGCUCAUGGUGUCGGCUCUUUCUCCUAUGAAAAAGCUAAGAUGCAUAUAGUUGAGAGACUAAAUGAUCAAGGAGAAGACAAGUCUGAGAUUGCACAGAAAUCUGAAUCAUUUGAGAGAUUAAUUUCAUUACCAGAGAAUGCUGCAUUUUCUUCGAGUCGUUUCCUUCAAGAGGAGAAUAUUGGCAUAUCACUUGAAGCUACAAAUCCGUUGAACUUGCAUACAAUUGAGCAAGAGGAUGGCUCAGCAAGUCCCCAACCAUCAAGGCUGUGCCAGGAGACAGAAUCAGAUGACACUAGCAACUUAGGUACGGAAAGUUUGGUUGAGCUCAAGACAGACCAUGGAAACCAUCCACAAUAUGACAGCGCUAUCUCACAGGAGUUGAUCAGCGAAGAGGUUAAGAUCAUGCAGGAUGCAGUGGAGAAUCCACAACUCUUUGCUAAGACUGAAAUUUUGCAGGAAAGUGUUGAAGGAAAACAUCCAGACGAAUGUUCACCAGAGGAAUCACUAUCCAUGAAUGUGUUACCACAAGUGGCCCUUAAUGAACAAGAGAACCAUAGUCCAUCAGAAGUUAUUGAAUUAGUCAAGCCAUCUGUAUUGACAUUUCCUUACUCCCUGGAAAAUACUGAUGACAAAGAGGAGAAACUGAGUCCCCAAUCUGUUCUUGAUCUUCCCAUAGGAGAAUUUACCAGUCCUGGAGAUCAAACUCAAAAGCGAGAUGAGUUGUCCAAGCCUAUUUCUAGAGUUCUGUUCAAAGAGCUUGACACUUCUUCAAUAUCCCCAACCUUGUGGAGUGAACCAGAAGUAGCUAUUUUGGAUGAUAAAGAUGCAAGGGUUUCCUUUAUUAAGGCCGUGCUAGAAGCUUCAGAACUGUUGUCGGAGGAAAACUCGCAGAUAUGGUAUACAGAAGAAACACUGCUUGACGUGUCUGCACUGGCUGAAGUAGGAAACUCGUACUGCCUGACAGAUGAUGCAUUACUUCUGUUCGAUUGUGUGGAAGAGGUUCUUCUCAAGAUAAGGGGCAAGUUUUUUGGUACCGGCCCUUGGGUUGCUUUUCUGAAACACAAUGUGAGACCGACUCCAGUAGGUAGACAUCUUGUUCAAGAGGUGGCUAAGGGCAUCGAUUCUCUUGUCGGUAAUGAGUUUCCAAACACUUUAGAACAGGUGAUGAUGAAAGACUUGGACAGUGGGUCGUGGCUGGAUCUUCGACACGAUUCUGAAAGCGUUGUAGUUGAGUUGUGGGAUGAUUUGCUUGAUGACUUACUGGAGGAAAUGAUUUUUGAUUUGUGGCUUUAAUACUGUAGUGCUUUGUACAUGGAGGCAUGCUCGAUCAGUACUGACAGAACUAAUGGAUACAGAAACCUUUUUGAAAGGAUAGAGGGAAGUGAGUUCAGCAGGUUGCCAACAAUUGUAGAGUUAGGCAGUUCAUCAAUAUAACUGGUUUCCAAUUUCUGUAUGAAUUUGUGCUUAUUGUAACUUGUAAGUCACAAUCCUGAUUGCAUGUGGCUCCUGACACCAGAAUUAUUCAACUUCUAUGUACCCAUUUUAUUCUCUGUAGAGGUGCGGCAACAUCAAUAUAAGAGCAGCUGUAUAUAACUUGCCUCUUUUAAAAUGUUAAUUUCUUUGUUUUCA